AUUGAUUUUACAAUGUUUUUUUUAGGACAGGUAAAAAAAAUCAAUCAAUCAAUCAAUUUUAGUAUUUAUAGCGUUAAGAAUUUUCUCAAAUCGAUAAAACAAAACAAAAAACAUUCGAUUAAUCGAUAUUCAAUCAUCUUAGAAAAAAAGGAAUCCAUGGAAAUGUGGUGAACUCUAAAUUCUAAACAUGGCCGAUUAUUCAUCAUACGAAUCUGAUGAUAAUGAUGACGGUGAUGAUGGUGGUGAUGAUGAUGAUGAAGAACAAGGUUUAAUAGAUGAUCAUGAUAAUGAUCCAGAUUAUUUUGCACAAAAACAACAAAUCAAUAAAGUAUUACGACAACGAAGUCGAUCAGCACAUCAAAUUUUUGAAGAUGAUAAUUAUGAUUAUCAUAAAGAAAGUGAAUGUGAUGAUGAUGAUGAUGAAGAAUUGGAAUUCUAUACAUAUGAUACGGCGCCGAGAGAAAAUCGUAUUCAAAUAUUUUGGAAUAUUUAUCAACAAUGGUCACGAUGUUUACCUACCGGUGGUGUUGAACGUAUGCUUUGCAUAAUGAUGGCAACAUUUCUUGUAUUGAUGAUUUUUUCAAUACAAUUAUGUUUACGUAUUGAUGGUUAUUUAGAUUGGAUUUGGUCAUCAAAUAGUUUGCAUUUUCCAUGGAAAUAUUUUUGGUGGUGGAAUUCAAAUCAUCGUAAAAAUCAUCGUAUAUGUGAACCACCAAAUUAUGAUGAAAAGAUUAGUUUUGAUUGUUAUGUAUUAUUAUUGAUAAUCGGUUGGUUAUCAUCAAUGUUUUUGGCUAUUUUUACGAUGGCCAUUCAUUUUGUUUAUUGGUGGUGGCGAUGGUAUUAUUUUCGACGACGACAAUAA